UGCACGCGGGGAUCUCGACCGAAUAAAUCUUAAGCACGUGGUUCCUCCUAGCCGAAAAAUCAACGGACCAUCAAGGAGCCCGCGUAAUUAUACGUCAAAUCGGGCGUAAGAGGUGCACGCCCGUGAAAAUUGGUCGAGCGGAAUCGUAGCGGGUCGCGUUUGACUUUACCCCGGCGCCUACUCGAUUUUGGAAACCUUACGUCGCGUUUUUGUUUUUGUUGUUUGGGACUUUUGUGAUUCGUUGUUGUUGUUUUUUUUUCGUUUUUCCGCACGCGGGCCGCCAUUUUAGUGGGACGAAUGCGUUUUACCUUCGCCGAUUUCGAAGUUGCAGGUUUUUCGUAAAAGUCCAUCCUGGGAGCCACAUCCGGACCCGUCCCGACUCCGGGCGGGUUUUCCCCAGUCAUUUCCGCAGCAAAAACGCUUUCCCUACGAGAGUCAUCUUGUGCAGAGUCUUUGUGGAAAAUGCCGCAUAAAGAGGAGGAUCUCAUGCACCACUCGAUGGGUCAGAACACCAUCUUCGGAUGUUCGACGGCCGGGCACAGCGGCAUUAACCAACUCGGAGGAGUCUACGUCAACGGAAGACCGUUGCCCGAUUCGACACGUCAGAAAAUAGUCGAGCUAGCACAUUCGGGAGCCAGGCCGUGCGAUAUCUCGCGCAUUCUGCAAGUUUCCAACGGCUGCGUGUCCAAGAUCCUCGGCAGGUAUUACGAGACCGGCUCUAUCAAACCAAGAGCUAUUGGCGGUUCCAAACCUAGAGUCGCCACGCAACCGGUGGUCCAGAAAAUCGCCGAAUUUAAAAGGGAAUGUCCGUCAAUAUUCGCGUGGGAAAUCAGGGACAGGCUGCUGUCAGAGGGCGUUUGCAAUAACGACAACAUACCCAGCGUUUCGUCCAUAAAUCGCGUGUUGCGAAAUUUGGCAUCGCAAAAAGAACAGCAGGCAACCGCGGCGCAAAAUGAAUCGGUUUACGACAAAUUGCGGAUGUUCAACGGGCAAGCCCCCGGGUGGGCCUGGUAUCCGGGCACCCCUACGGCGCCCCAUCUUGGACUGCCUCCAGCGCCCACGCUUGCGACGCAAAUUUCCAGAGACGAUUUGCAAAAGAGGGCCGAUUUGAUGCACGAAAACACGUCGGACGGUAAUUCCGAACACAAUUCAUCGGGCGACGAAGAUUCCCAGCUGAGACUGAGACUGAAACGAAAACUUCAAAGGAACCGGACCUCGUUUACCAACGAGCAAAUCGACAGCUUGGAAAAAGAAUUCGAACGGACGCACUAUCCAGAUGUUUUCGCCAGGGAACGAUUAGCGGAGAAAAUUGGAUUGCCUGAGGCACGUAUCCAGGUGUGGUUCAGCAAUCGGCGCGCAAAAUGGCGCCGCGAAGAAAAACUGCGGAAUCAAAGACGAGCAGUCGAUCAAGUGGGCGCUGUCAGUCCCCCGGCGCCGACAAGCCGCCUUUCCAUUAAUCCCGGAUUUAAUUCGAUGUAUUCUUCGAUCCCUCAACCGAUUGCCACGAUGGCCGACACCUACAGUCCGAUGGCGGGUGGAUUGACUUCGAGCUGUCUCCAACAAAGGGAGGCGGCGGCGGCCGCCAGUUACCCCUACAUGUUCCACGACCCCCUGCAUUCUUUGAGUUCCUCGUAUAACUCACGAGCGACGGCCUGUAACCCCGCAGUUGCACACACACAGCCAACCACGCAUUCAACGUACACCUCGGGGGGUUCCGCAUCGGCCACCCCCGUCUCGACUGGAACCGGGGUGAUAUCAGCGGGAGUUUCAGUCCCGGUCCAGAUCCCCAGUCAGACAGCCGACAUCGCGUCCAACUACUGGCCCCGAAUUCAGUGAUCGCAACUAUUCGGGUUUCCUACGCCGAGCCUGCUCGUGCACCAGGAUAACCCGGCUCUCCAGGCCGCUAUGGCUGCGGCUCCGAUCAUCCCAUCUAGUACGACACCACCCGAACCGGAAACCCAUUCGUAAUAACUCAUCAGGAGAGGUGGAUAAUCCGAACGAAAGAAAUCUUCAGAGAAGAGGUUGAACGUAAUAGACGAUCCAAACCAAAAAGGAGCGCAGGGUAAACCUAUGAUGUGUGUGAUUAGUUAUUGGCGAUAGAGUGGAAGUGUGUAGUGUGAGGGUGAUUUUCAGUGGUAGAAUUGUUUAUGGCGCCAAAUAUGUCCCCGCCCUCCAGGGUGUUCGUUAAUGAAUGAAAAAAAAAUUGAUUAAUCGGUAAUGUAUUUUUAACUUACAAACAACUGUCUGUAAAAAUAUUCUUAAGAACUUUGUUCUUUACUUUUUGAACUUCUCCUAAUUAAAACCGUGAUUAACAGAUGCAUCCAAAAAUUAGAAUUUUACUGACAACAGGUAUCCAAAAUUGAAUGAACAUUGGCAACCAACAAACAGAUCGCUGUAUAAGGUGAUUUUUUGCACAUGUUUUUUGCAAAUACCAGAAACAUUUUGAAUUUUUUGAGAGGAAAUUUUGAUAUUUUACUACCUAAAUAAGAAAUAGAAACUUAAAGGGGAGCAAAAUUAUGAGAGUGGACUGCUGCUAGAUCUGAUCAUUUUAUUAUAGACAAUUAUCUUGUGGAUGGAAAAUGAAAACAUAAAAUUUCGAUACCCAGUUGGUGUAUCCUGAAAAUUCAUUUUCCGAGUAGCGCUAUUCAUUAACACCGGGCAUAUCGGUCCAAGGCUAAGCAAUGAAAACAGAACAGUUCAUGCAAUAACGGAUCACCAGCUAUGUAAAUAUUGUACAUAAUUAAAUUCCGCGUAAAUAGCUGUACAUAGUUUAUUAUUAAUGAAGAAGAAAUUGCUCGUAUACGUUAGUGAAAAGCUGAUUACCAGGACGUUGAAAAUUUUUUUUAGGCAAACCGCAAUGGGUACUAAAAACUUUCUCGUAAAAUUGUGACAGUUACAUACACUUUCGGCCAACUUUGUUUUGGUUAGCUUCACGUAUUCCGGAAAUCAAUAUUCACCUCAGCGUACAUUUUAAAUAGCAAUAACACUACUUACAAUGUUUAAUUUUAGGUGCCGUAUUUAACAAACAGUUAAAUGUUUAACGAAUGAGUAUUCUGUGUUGUAACGCUGGAUUCAGCAAACGGUUUUACAGCGUUGUCGGGUGCGAAACUAUUCGUGCCACGCGACAACGCGGCAAAAAUGUAAGCUCUCGAUUUUUUCAUCGUCUCGCAGUAACCGAUUUCGAUAUUUAUUGCGUUUAGUAUUUAAUACAAUAUAUAUACUGUAAAAUACGAAUAAUUAAUUUAUAGUAUUGAUAAAUGUUGGUAAAUUAAUGUUGCUGUGAUUAUUUGAAAUAAUUAGGUAUACAGAAAUGCACUAAAUGUAGCACAUGUGUUGUGUAGAUGUGUAAAAUAGUUUGUGGAAUAAAACUUUAGCGAUAA